AGCUGAAGUUGCCGAUUGCUGCUUGCUUGCUGUUGACUUGUCCCCGUUGUCGUUGUCACGAAUCAGAAUUGGUUGCUUGGGAAGAGUGCUCUAGUUUUAGUGUAAAUUAGUGUGUUAUGAAUUUUCAAUUUCUUUCUUCAGAUUUAGACAAUUGUCCUCAUUCAUGGCUUUUUAAACAUUUCUAGUUGUCAGUUCUGUUUUAUGGAUUUCUUAUUGUGACUCAGUGACGUAAUAAUUAGCGACGGGCUUUUGCCCUAGUUGUUGACUUUAUGCUCAAGACUGGUCUGCACAAUGCCACAUGAAAUAGUAUACCCCCAGGGCUGUCGCCCUGUCAAUGAGGAGUUGGGGUCCGACGAGUUAAUCCGUCGUCUCAAGACACUGGCUCACACCUUGCAGGCAAUGGGACAGGACGAGGGUAUGUACCAACAGUUCAUACCACUAGCCCUACAUCUUGCUGAGGAACAUUUCCUGAUGCACCCCAGCAAAGAUGUUCAACUCCUCAUUGCCUGUUGCAUCGCUGAUGUUCUCAGGGUGUAUGCACCAGAGGCACCAUACAAGGAUCCUGAACAAGUCAAGACAAUAUUCUUGUUCUUGAUCAAGCAACUGGCAGGAUUGAAGGACCCCAAGGACCCUGCCUUCAAGAGAUACUUUUAUUUGCUGGAAAAUUUGGCUUAUGUAAAGUCGUUUAAUAUGUGCUUUGAUUUGGAAGACUGCCAAGAAAUAUUUUGCAACCUUUUUUCGCUUAUGUUUAAAAUUGUCAAUGACGAGCAUUCUAGCAAAGUGAAAAGUUUCAUGCUGGACGUGCUGUGUCCUCUUAUCACCGAGUCGGAUAUAGUCAGCAAUGAACUGUUGGAUAUUAUUUUAAUGAACAUUGUUGAACCCAAUAAGUCUACCCGCAAGAAUUCCUAUCUCCUCGCCAAAGAUCUAGUUGUCAAAUGUAGUGACACUUUGGAGCCUUAUAUUCAAGCUUUUUUCAACCAUGUGCUGAUCCUGGGAAAGGAAGAGAAAGGGCUGGGAAUCUGCACGAAAGUUUAUGACCUAAUCUAUGAGCUCAACAAGAUCUGUCCGUCGGUACUAUUGGCGGUACUGCCACAGCUGGAAUGUAAGCUCAAGUCCAACCAAGAGAGUGAGAGAUUGGGAGCUGUAGCUCUGCUAGCCCGGAUGUUCAGUGAAAAGGAUUCUACCCUGGCCAAGCACCACUCUCAACUGUGGAGGGCCUUCCUUGGAAGGUUCAAUGAUAUAAGUGUAUCAAUAAGAAUAAAGUGUGUCCAAUACUCUAUGCAUUUCUUGCUGAAUCACCCUGAGCUGAGGAAAGACAUCACAGAGACAUUAAAGAUGAGGCAACAUGACUCGGACGAAAAUGUACGUUACGAAGUUGUAAUGGCAAUCGUCUCUACUGCCAAAAGGGACUUUGAGGUGGUGUCAGAUAGCGAAGAUCUGCUGGAAUUUGUUAAGGAACGUACUUUGGACAAGAAGUUUAAAAUAAGGAAAGAAGCAAUGUCGGGACUUGCAAUGAUAUACAGGAAACACUUGGCGGAUGGAGACUUGCCUCAAGCUACUAAGAAAGCUGUCACAUGGAUAAAAGAUAAAAUUUUACAUGGCUAUUAUAUGGUGGGAAUGGAGGACAGGUUACUUGUUGAAAGGCUACUGAACACAUCUUUGGUACCUUACACUCUAAUGCCGGAAGAGAGGAUGAAGAAACUGUACCAUAUGGUGGGGACAAUUGACGAUCAUGCAACAAAAGCAUUUAUUGAGUUACAGAAAAGUCAACUCACGGUAAGGAAGAGUGUAGGUGAGUGGUUGGAACUGCAUAGGCGGACACCUAGUGUGGAGAGAGACAAGGAAAUUGCAACCCGCAUCAUCACUAUCUCUCGUUUCUUGCCUGAACCUCUUAAGGCUCAAGAAUUUCUUGCCAGGUUCUCCAAACACAUGCUUAAGGACCAAAAUUUAUUGUUGGGUAUGGAAGCUUUAGUGCGUCCGGACAUGACUUGCAAGGACUGUACAUUCACUACAGGCCUGAUACUGAAAAAGCUUGGGCAACCGGUUAUGACAAAUCUAUAUUACAAUACAGUAAAAAUGCUUCUUGAGAGAAUAUCCUCAGUGAUGGUGGACCACAUAGCAAUACGGGUACUGAUUGGAUUUGUUGAAGACUGUUUACGAGGAGGCAACCUCAUAGAUGAAAUUGGUCUUCACCCCAACACUGCCGGAGAGAGAGGCCUUAAACUACUUGUGAUGCUGUCUUACGUGUUCCCUAACCACUUCUUAUAUGAUGAUAUCAUUCAUCACUUAAUUAGAAUAGUGAAAAUGGAAGAUGAAUAUAUUGCACCACCAGUCCUGGAAGUGCUCACAUUCCUGGGAAAGUACAAACCAAUUGAUGAACAGUUUCCAGAAGAAAUGAACCAACUAGUCCCAAUUUGCAAAAACUUCGUAGAAUCUGGAACUCCUAAACAGGCUAAACAGGCAAUACGUUGUUUAUUCAAGAACACCACUGGAAAUGUUGAGACAUUAUUUUCUGAAAUUUUAGAGAAAGUCAAAGAAAACUUAACACCCACGUCACCUCACUACAGGACAGCAAUUGUAGCUCUUGGUCACAUUGCCUACAAUCUGCCGGACUACUACCCGAUACACAUUAAAAACCUGGUUUCAAGAAAGAUUGUGAAGGAGUUACUUGUGAAGGAGAGCGAUGGCAGCGGACAACACAUAGAGAGUGACUGGUGUACAGAAGAAGAAUUGCCAGAGGAGACUAGAUGCAAGGUCGAGGGUUUGAAAACGAUGGCUAGAUGGUUACUAGGACUAAAAGUGGACAAGGUAUCGGCACAGAAGACAUUCAGGAUGUUAGCAGCGUUUAUGACACACAAGGGAGACCUCCUGCAGUCUGGAAAACUUAGCAAAGCGGAGAUGGCAUGGCUGAGAGUGGCUGCCGGCUGUGCUAUGCUGAAGAUCUGUGAGCAGAAGGGUGUAGGCGAUCAGUUCUCUCCUGAACAAUUUUACAACCUCUCCAACCUCAUGACUGAUGAGGUACUUCAAGUGAGAGAACUGUUGCUCACCAAACUUCACAAGGGUCUUGGUCGAGGUCUGCCUAACAAGUGCCUGCCUCUGGAUUUCAUGGGAUUCUACGUCUUGUCAGGCUUCGAACAAGACAAGAGGCUCAAAUCUACUGCAAGGAGUUUCAUGGUUCUUGAUAUCAACAAAAGAAGAGAAUAUGCAAAGUCACUUACAAUGGGGUCGUCAGGAUACAGCAUAGAAAAAGCUAUGGCACAGUUGCCCCACAUCCUGCCAGACUACAUGCUAGUGUUUGCCGUCCCCAUCCUGGUCCACAGUCCGCACUUCACUUCACAUGAGGACAUUGACGAGCUCACUAGGCUGCGCUCCUGCCUCUGGUUCAUACUGGAACCUCUAAUCCUAAAGAACGACUCCUACUGUUAUGGUUUUUACAAAGAGCUUAUUGAGAAGAUGAAGAACCACAAGGAUGCUGUCAAAUCAGAUGAUGUCAACAUCAAUUGUAAAUUAUGGGCACUUUGUGACUUGGCAAUGGACAUUCUAAAUCAGAAGACUGUGAAUUUUGAGCUCAAAGACUUUCCUUCAGAGGCCAGAAUAUCUCCAAUGUACUUCAAAAAGCACGAAGAUCCAAACUUUGUCAACACAAGGUUAUACAUUCCUCCAGAACUUCAGGUUAGUGGCAAUGGAAAAAAGGGGUUGAACAGUACAACACACACUGUGCCAGUAGAGAGGUCAGUGAGAAAACUGAGGGGUAGGAAACAGCCAGUGGAGCUUUCAGACCCUAACCAGACUGAUGUCAAGCUGCCCAAAGAAGAGGAGGAUAUGUGCGUCAUAGGUGUGAGCCAGCCUAUUGAUGCAUUGCCUGCCUCUGCUUCAGACACUCAGAUACAUCUUCCUGGAAUGGAAGUUGAUUCUGAUGGUGAUGACGGGGAGCCACAAACAAAGCGGGGGCGGGUGACGAAGGAGGAGGCAGUCGAGUGAUAGUGCUAGUUCCUUGUGGACACUAAAUCUGUACUGGACCACCCUUAUUGGGUUGAUACAGUUGUGCGGUUCCUAGAAAAACCCAACACUACCAAAGAAUUCAUUCAUUCAGCACAUAAUUGAUUGGAUAGUGUAAAAGAUAGUUGUAUGCUAAGACUAUGAAGGACUUUUCAGUGAUUUUAUAGCCACUUCUUAUCUUAAUUUUUAAAAUGAUUAGAAGAACUCUAUUAUAUGAUUUUAAAAGUCUGUAUUUUAGAGUCCUUAUUGUAAACAAUGGAUCUCGACAGGUGUAUGUUAAGUAAAUAUUGGCUGGACUCAAAAUGUAAGAUUAUUUUUUUAGUUUAUAAUUUUGAUUUUUUAUUUCUAAUAUAGUACUAGAACAACUUCAAGGAAGUACAAUGUAAAUGCUUUAUUACAUACGAGGUCCUCUGUUUAAAGAACAACCGGUUUGUUUUAAGUUAUUUAUCUUGAUAUAUUACAAUAAAGUCAAUCAUAAAUCAAUACUUGUAUGAAUACAAAUCAAAUUGAACUCUAGCUUGUAAUAGUUGAGUUAGUUAUUGACAGACAUUUGUUAACAAAUUGUUGUUUUUCAUUUAAGCCUUUUGUUGUUUGUUUAUUCAAAAUCGUCAGUUGUUGUAACCAUCUUUGCUUUGGUUUAACACUCUGUUGACUAAAGGACUCUCCACAAUGAGACUGAAAUAUUUCAAUUUUGUGAGCAAAGUUUUAAAACUGUGUGAAGCUUAAAACUUAGAUGUGAGAUAUAACACUGGCCAAUUUUAUUAUGGGUUUUAAAAGGAGAGUUUAUUUUAUUCAACGUUUAGGGAUACUUAUCGUAAAGGUUACCUGGGACAAAUACUUUGAAAUGCCAGGCUUAAAACAGUCUUGUUAAAAAAUGUAUUAUUUUGUAUUUUGAACUGUUUUCCUAUUCUUUCACUAUAAUUUCUAUAUAAAUUGGAUUAGUGCGA